CCAUGGUUACCAAUCCAAUCACCGAGUUGUUGCUGACGCUCUGGAUCGAAACUUACCUCGGUCGUCUUUUUGAUCGAAUCUAAAUUAGUAUUAUUACUAUUUAAUUAGCGAAAAUUAUAAAAGAACAGAUUUAAUUUGGGAUCAUGUCUCUUCCGUGUCUACCUGGAAACAAUUUUAAUCUCAGGCUUGGGAAAGAGAGAUUUCACAAAUCACAUCAUUUCGAUUAUAACAAUGAAGUAGCAAUGUUGACUGGAGAAGAGAAACCAGGGAUUGGUGGAGAACCGUUACUUGGUCAGAAGAAAAAACCUAAGAACAGUGUUUUUCCAAGAGGAGAGGGAAGCAAUGCACCAACAUGGGUGGCAUUCGAUAGGCAGGUCUUAUGCUUUCAAGCCUAUUUCCAAGAGGCUGUGCAUGAAAAACGGGAAGAACAGUUUCGUAUUCGAAAUUGUAAAAUCUAUUUUUACUUGGAGGAUGAUUCUAUACAAGUGAUCGAACCAACGGUUAAAAAUUCUGGAAUUCCUCAAGGAACUUUAAUCAGACGCCACAGAAUUCCCUUACCAGCUCCAAAUGAUGAUCAGUUUUAUACCGUUGAACAUUUCAAUGUGGGAAAUGAGAUUGUUCUUUAUGGAAGAAAAUUCAAGUUGAUGGAUUGUGAUGAAUUCACCCGUAAUUUCUUGCGUAAACUCGGGGUACGAGUGUCCAACUCGGAAAGAACUCCAGAUGAUCCAUAUACAUCAUUGAGACAGGACAUGGAGGAAAGCAUGCAACCUCUUCGACCAUAUGAACGCACUGAUACAUUGAAACAAUUCUUGAGCCAUGAUAGACAUGUUCUGAGAUUUUGGUGUUUUUGGGAUGACGGUGAUUGUAUGUUCGGAGAUACAAGGGAAAUGGUUCUCCAUUAUUUUCUUGCUGAUGACACGGUUGAAAUUCGCGAAGUCAUUCAACCCAACUCAGGACGGGAUGCAGUACCUGUAUUUGUUAAACGAGCUAGAUUACCCAAGAAUGCUCCUCUUCCACUGAGACAACCAGGAGAAAAAACUGAUCGAACUGUGCUGAAUGUUUUUGGACCCAUGGGACAUGGAGGAAGAUAUAUCCUGGACAGUUUGAAGACUGGUGCAGUCUAUGAAGAUUACUACACUGAUGCUGAUUUGGUGAUCGGAGCUGUUCUCAAUGUUUGGGGAAGAAAACUAGUGCUAUGUGACAGUGAUAAUUUCACCAAAGAAUUUUACAAAUCAAAAUAUGGAAUUGAUGAUUUCACUCCCAUCAAAUACAAGGCUGACAGUAAACCGCAAGUACCAAGACCAGUUCCUCCAUAUAAUGGAUUUGGAUCAGAAGAAGACUCAUUGUGCUCAUGCAUGGGCCUCAUACCUAAACCUCCUCAGCUUGACUUUAUUAAGUUUAUGGAGAGAGACAGGCAUGGAUUGGAAAGCAAUGUUCUUCGAUUUGUCGCUUACAUGUCAACAGAUAGUCCAAUUGAUAAAGAUCGCAAAUUCAUUAUUUCUUACUUUUUAUCUGAUGAUACUGUUUCUGUGUUUGAACCUCCACAACGAAAUUCAGGUAUCAUUGGUGGCAAAUUUCUCGAGAGAGGAAGAAUUAAGAAACCGAGUCAAGAGAUAUUUAAGAGUGAAAUGUCAGAAUAUUUCACUGCUCAAGAUUUCUUUGUUGGAGCAAAUGUUACCAUCAAUGAUUUCAACUUCACAAUUGUUGAUGCUGAUGAAUAUGCAUUCAGAUAUAUGGAAAAACACGAGGAUGAGUUCCCUGUUGCAAACAUGUCUGUCAUCAUUGACAAAUUAAGAUCUGCAGCAAAAGAUAAGGUGAAAGACAUCAAAGAAUUCUUUGUCAUGAAUGAUCCUGAGGGAGGAGAGACUAUCAGAUAUGAAAGUUUCAGAAACUUGCUUGCCCAGCUUAAAACAUUCUCAGAACAUGAGAUAAUGACAAUUGGAAGACGUUAUGCACACCGUGCACCAGAGGAAGUUGAUAUGACUCUUGUAUUGGCAGUUGCACAAGAAAAACUGAAAAAGAAGAACUUCGAGGAUUUUGCUAGAUUGCAAGAAAGUCUUACGUAUGAAGACAUUGAACGCAAGGGAACACUCAAUCCAUCAACGCUCCGUGUCGUAUGUCGAGCAUUUAAACUUCCUCUGCCUGAAGAUGUAUUGCAAGUUCUCAUGAAGAAACUUUCAAGAAAUGGAGAAAUCGACUAUUCUGAAUUUGUGACAAAGAUUAACUGGAGAGAAAAUCCUGUUGCAUCAAUUCAGUAUCAGCAAGUACCAGUCAAGUUGGAUGCUGCAUGGCAGUCAGGAGAUAUCUCUCAAGUUACUGCAGUUCUCAAAGUCAACUACAAGGAAUUGGUUGAAGACGUUUUUGGAAAACAAGAUGUUUGAACUUAUAUUUAGGACUUACUUUUAUUUUUAUACACUGAACACUACUUAUUUCCGUCUGUUUAUUUUCAUGUAAAAAUUCAUUUAGAUUUUUUCAAGUUAGCUGAUGU